GAACAGAUCAUUCAAUAUUGCAGGGUCUACAAAAGUUUUGUUGUUGAGUAGUGUUGGUUGAUAGUCUGAAGUUCCAUUUUCCCAGCCAUCAAAGAACAAUCAAGGGUAUGACCAGAGGGAUUUUUUCCUGGAAAACUAUUCAAGAUUCUAGAAUGUAUAAUGGAAAGAUUCUAAAAUGUAUAAUGCAAAAAAAAUCCAUGCUGUUUUAUGAUCAUUGUCGAAACCUCUGGCAAAAAGAAGUACUUUCACAAACUUAUUGGUACUGGGAACAUAAGGAAAUAUGUGGAAGUCGAAGACAAUUCAGGAACUACUGUAUUCUGGAUCCCAGAUGCACGAAGAUUUAAAAUAAUUUUGAACAGAACAAGGAGAGAAAUUGGCAAUGAGCACAGGCCAAUUAGUCAAUGCAACAGAUUUCUUCUUGACUUGAAGCCCUACAGGUAAGUUAGACCACAGUGCCCAUCUUCUUUUGCCAGCACCCUCUAAUGAAAAUAAGACAUCCUCAUUUAUGAAAUUUGCCCUGAAUUUUUAUUUUGAGGAAUGUCAUUUAUAUAUGGGCUAUUUCACAAUUCUCCAAAAUUAAGGUGUGUCGCUCCUCGGCCAGCUACUCAAUUGGCUAUUCCUCAAAGCCUUCGUGAGAAUAAAUGCUUCCUUUCAACCCUGCCCAUGUCAAAAGCUGCUUGAAAGAGUUGCAGAUCUGAGUUAGAAAGUGUUCUUUGGCUCUUUGCCAUUGGAACAUUUCUCACCUCCUCCUGCUGACUUUUGAAAUUUAUCAAGAUGAGCAAGUAUCUCCUCCUCGGUUUUUCUGUUCUGGUCUUCUGCACAGUUGGUCAAGGUCUAAUAUGCAAUGUGUGCAACUUUAAAGUUGGCAGUGUUUGUUUUAGUUCUGAUGAUCCCUGCAGAACAAAGGAAGACCAGCAGUGUGAGACGACCAGAGUUUAUAAAGGCAGUCUAGAGCUCUUCACGAAACAUGACUGCGGAAAAAUGACUGAACUCUGCAACAAGACCGAACAGAGGGAUAGUGUUUUUAACAUGAAUUACAAUCGCAGUUGUUGUGCCUUUGACUUAUGCAAUGGGGGUGUGAUCAGCCAGCCCAGCCUCACCCUCUUUACUGGUCUGAGCUUGGCACUUGGUUGGUGGCUUUCAUGUUAA